AUGCUACAAAAGUAUUCAUAUACUACUACCGCUACCACUAUCACUACCACUACUACUACUACUACUACUACUACUACUACUACUACUACUACUACUACUACUACUACUACUACUACUACUACUACUACUACUACUACUACUACUACUACUACUACUACUACUACUACUACUACUACUACUACUACUACUACUACUACUACUACUACUACUACUACUACUACUACUACUACUACUACUACUACUACUACUACUACUACUACUACUACUACUACUACUACUACUACUACUACUACUGCUACUACUACUACUACUACUACUACUACUACUACUACUACUACUACUACUACUACCAAUACUACUACUACUACCACUACUACUACUACUACUACUACUACUACUACCACUACUACUACUAAUACUACUACCUCUACUACACCAACGACUACUACCACUACUACUACUACUAAUACUAAAACUACUACUUCCAGCUAUCUAACAUCAAAGCAACAGAUCUACUAA